CGGUAGCUAGCUCUGUCUAGUUUGACGCGCGGCGGAUCGGCGCAGGCGCUGCCAAGUCUGACAACAAAAUAUAAUUUGGCCACUGUAACCAAUGCAGCUAAAAUCUACCGCCAUGGCGCCUUGAGCAGUUUGAGGAAGACUCGGGUUUCUUGCUCCGUAGGUGACCGGAGUCAGUCGACUUUUCGCCGUUGAACCCCGAAACACAAACGGCUGUGUGGACGCUGGAGAAGCUACAAUGAGCUCGGAGCACCAGAGCGACAGCGAGGACGCCGACGAGUCGCAGGACAGGCCCGACAACAGCGGCGGCGCCUCCGACAAAGAGGAAGACCCCGAGGACAUCGACGAUUCGGACGAGGAGGAUGACAUCGUUCGGAGGGUCUCUCCUACACCGCCGGGGACCAGCGGGCCGGACCGGCCGGCGCGCAGCGCCAGUUCCCCGGCGCCUGAGGAGCGAGAGCCCAGCAGCGAACCAGCCGCCGCGCCGGAGACAGGAGGGGGCGGCGGCGGUGGCGGUGGCACCGACAUCAUCAGGGGGAAUAGUCUGUUUUCCUGGUUGCAGAGCAGGACUAUUAGACGGGGGGUGUUUGUGGACCCGGCUAGGGAUAACUUCAGGACAAUGACCAGCUUGUACUGCUCAAUGAAUCCGGCUGCAGAGUCAGUCAACCUGAGCACUCAGACUCACGGAGCGGUGUUCAACCUGGAGUACUCCCCGGACGGGUCUGUGCUGACUGUGGCCUGCGAGCAGACCGAAGUCCUGCUGUUUGAUCCUAUUUCAUCCAGACACAUCAAAACCCUGACAGAGGCCCACGAGGACUGUGUCAACAACAUAAGGUUUCUGGACAAUCGUUUGUUUGCCACCUGCUCUGACGACACCACCAUUGCAUUAUGGGAUCUCAGAAAGCUGAAUUCGAAGGUUUGCUCGUUGCACGGCCACGCCAGCUGGGUGAAGAACAUCGAGUACGACACCAACACUCGUCUCCUCGUCACGUCUGGCUUCGACGGCAACGUCAUCACAUGGGACACUAACAGAUUUACAGAGGACGGCUGCCCGCACAAAAAGUUCUUCCACACUCGAUACCUGAUGAGGAUGCGCCUGACGCCCGACUGUUCCAAGAUGCUCAUCUCUACUUCCUCAGGGUACCUGCUCAUCCUCCACGACCUGGACCUCACCCAGUCCCUCGAGGUGGGCAGCUACCGCAUGCUGCGAGCACGACGGACCCCCCUCAGCUCAGAUGGAGGCACAUCAGCGUCCAGGUCGGCUGGAACUCCUCGCCAAGGAAACGACUCCAGCAAGCUCCACCCACAUAGAGAAGGUCUUUCUCCCAGGAACAGCCUGGAGGUUCUGACUCCGGAGAUCCCAGGAGAGCGGGACCGAGGGAACUGCAUCACCUCCCUGCAGCUCCAUCCGAAAGGCUGGGCCACGCUCAUCCGCUGCUCCAGCAACAUGGACGACCAGGAGUGGACGUGUGUGUACGAGUUCCAGGAAGGAGCGCCCACCCGCCCGCUGGUCUCCCCCCGCUGCUCGCUCCGCCUGACCCACUACAUCGAGGAGGCCAACGUGGGGAGGGGCUACAUCAAGGAGUUGUGUUUCAGCCCGGACGGACGGCUCAUCUGCUCCCCGUACGGCUACGGCGUCCGCCUGCUGGCCUUCGACGAGCGCUGCGGCGAGCUCGCCGACUGCCUGCCCGUCCAGACCAGCUGCCUCAGGGAGAUCCGCUCCAUCUACUCGCACAGCGACGUCGUGCUCACCACCAAGUUCUCCCCGACGCACUGCCAGCUGGCCUCGGGCUGCCUCAGCGGACGAGUAGCUCUUUACCAGCCUAAGUUUUAGCAUCCGGUGCUGCCGGAGAACGACGCGCUGCAGACCUGGGUACAGAAGUAGUUGAAUAAUCAGGGUUCCUGCACAAAUCUGGAAUGUCUGGAAAUAUAUAGAAGAAGCAUUUAGUGUUUUCCCAGUUUGAUAAGUUGCACAAAAGUUGCAAAAAAGUCAGUAAAAAUGUAGAAAAGAAUUGCACUGCCCCUGUAUUCUGUUUAUGCAACAUAUCUUCUAUGAUUGUAGACUCCUCUCAUUUAAUAUGCAGAUAUUUAUUGUGCAAAGUUGUGUACUUUGGUAUAAAUUAUAUCAAAACCAUUAAACGAAAAAUCAAAAUUUCAAAAAGAAUCUCAAACUGUAGGAACCCUGAAUUUCCCGGCAUUUGUUUUAAAGUGCUCAGCGUGCCAGACAGGUGGAGUUUACCGCAUACAGACGUCUCACACAAGAUUAAUAAAUCUCAGUAUUAGAGCUUAAAUUAACUUUAGUUGAAUAUUGUGAUAUUCUUGGUCCUCUUGUAGUCGAUCUGUACGGAAAGCCUCUCCCGUUUGGCACCUAAGAGGGAUAAAAGGAAUUCUUUAGAAAAUAUUUUGAAGUACUUCUACACCCAGGUCGGCAGAUGUGAAGCAGACUUGAGUUUGUUUGGGUGGGAAAAAAAGAUUUACAGGAGGAGAAGACUACAGCUGUGGACCCUUGAUCAGGCUGCAGCCACUUGAUGGAAAGUUUCAGCCUCUCUGACCCUGAACUUAAAAAUAAAAAUGCAAAAAAAAAAAAAAAAAAAGACUUUGAGGCAACAAAACAAAAA